AUGUCACAGCUGCUGUUGCCCGACCACUUGGCGGCAACUGCAAUCCUGAUUUCCAGCAAUCCUUGCAAUGUCUCAGCUGCUGUUGCACGACCACUUGGCGGCAACUGCAAUCCUGAUUUCCAGCAAUCUUUGCAUAUAAUGUCUCAGCUGCUGUUUCCCGACCACUUGGCAGCAACUGGGUGCGCGUGGGCGCGCGUGGGUGCGCGUGGUGCAAUCCUGAUUUCCAGCAAUCUUUGUAAUGUCCCAGCUGCUGUUGCCCGACCACUUGGCAGCAACUGCAAUCCUGAUUUCCAGCAAUCCUUGUAA